AUAUUCCCACUUGAGGGAGCACAGAGAUGGUUCUGAAGCUUUGUCUAUUCAAAGCGCUCUCUCAUCUCUAAUCUCAAACUAUCUUGGAAAAGGAAACUUGGAAAACCAGCAUCACCUGGGCUAUAGCAGUAAUUUACUAACAGAGGUGCUGAGAAGACUCAAGUUCCCAGGUUCAGAACAUUUAUGCUCCUUGUCUACCCCCAAGUCAUUCAAGCUUUGACUGUCUGGCUGACAGUCACCUACUGGGAUCCUGCCCAGAUGUGUCCCUUUCUCAAUGGUCACUUCUUCAGAUAGCUCCCCAGCUUUGGAAAAUGAGCAUCCUCAAGAGACCCCAGAAUCCAACAACAGUGUGUAUACUUCCUUCAUGAAGUCUCAUCGCUGCUAUGACCUGAUUCCCACAAGUUCCAAAUUGGUUGUAUUUGAUACUUCCCUGCAGGUGAAGAAAGCUUUCUUUGCUUUGGUGACUAAUGGUGUACGAGCUGCCCCUUUGUGGGAUAGUAAGAAGCAAAGUUUUGUGGGCAUGCUGACCAUCACAGAUUUCAUCAAUAUCCUGCAUCGCUACUAUAAGUCAGCCUUGGUACAGAUCUAUGAACUAGAAGAACACAAGAUAGAAACUUGGAGAGAGGUGUACCUACAGGACUCCUUUAAACCGCUCGUCUGCAUUUCUCCUAAUGCCAGUUUGUUUGAUGCUGUAUCUUCAUUAAUUCGAAACAAGAUCCACAGGCUGCCAGUUAUUGACCCAGAAUCAGGCAACACCUUGUACAUCCUCACCCACAAGCGCAUCCUGAAAUUCCUCAAAUUGUUUAUCACAGAGUUCCCCAAGCCAGAGUUCAUGUCUAAGUCUCUGGAAGAGCUACAGAUUGGCACCUAUGCCAAUAUUGCUAUGGUCCGCACUACCACCCCUGUCUACGUAGCUCUGGGCAUCUUUGUACAGCAUCGAGUCUCGGCGUUGCCAGUGGUAGAUGAGAAAGGACGUGUGGUGGACAUCUACUCCAAGUUUGAUGUUAUCAAUCUGGCAGCAGAAAAGACCUACAACAACCUAGAUGUGUCUGUGACUAAAGCCCUACAACAUCGAUCACACUACUUUGAGGGCGUUCUUAAGUGCUACCUGCACGAGACUCUAGAGACCAUCAUCAACAGGCUUGUGGAAGCAGAGGUUCACCGACUUGUAGUGGUGGAUGAGAGUGAUGUGGUCAAGGGAAUUGUAUCACUGUCUGACAUCCUGCAGGCCUUGGUGCUCACAGGUGGAGAAAAGCUCUGAGCUGGGGGAAGGGGUCAGGCAGCACCAUGCCCCACUCACUGCUGGAAGCUCUGGGAAUCAGAUGAAACUUGUGAGGACUGUGACUGUUCCCUGCUCAGGAGCCCCCUACCCUCCUAUCUGGGAGCGAGGGGAGGUGUAGGGGGAGGAAGGAGAAUGAAUUUUUAGCUGCCCCCACCCUAACACGUACACUUGAAGAAAACUUUCAGCCUAGCCAAUUCUAGCCCUGUCCUCUUAGAUAUAGUCCCCUUUCUGGGUGAACUAUGGGCUUUGUGCCCCUCAGGCAAAUUUUGAUCUCUAAGAGAUCCCCAGACCUCACCCUGCCUUUGCUUCCAUCUCUGCCAUGACUCUACCCGAAGAUAAUAGCACAACAAAACUCUUCAUCAAGAUAUUUUUAUUCAUCCUUUUUCAUGAUAUAUGGAGGAGGCUGAGUCCAUUUAGUGACACUUCUUCCCAUAAUAUGAGUGGGGAGGAGGGCCUCUGGGUUCUUGUGCUGCAUGCCUAUGAAGGGACAUGGGGGUUAGGUAGAGGAGGAGGACAGAGUGGUUAGCCAAGGUUAUUGCUGUUCAUGGCAAAUCUAAUUAAAUGACAGGAAUCUUGUCAUGGUA